UGCGUUGCAGCUUGCUCCAUCUCUCGUCUUCUUCCUCCCUCCCAUCGUGUUAGGGUUAGGGUUUUGCAGAGUUCCAAGCUCGCGAGAGACAACGCCGGACAUUCGAUUGCUUAUCCAACGCCACACAGAAUAUUGUAACUCCUCCCUCUAUAGUCACGUUUCGGUUACACACGAAAUCGAAAGAAUCCAACAUUGUCGUAGAAUAAGUUCUCACUGAGAUUGUGACAUCACAUGACAGCUUUCUUUUCGCUCCAAUGACUAAGAAGAGUUCUAAAAUGACCCCAAGUCAAUUGCAAGAGAAUACUGUUGCGGAAGAGGAAAAAUCCUCUCCAGCAACGAAAAAAGCGGUUAGUGAAAUUGAUGAAAUAUUUGCUGGAAAAAAGAGGAAGAAUUCUGAAGGGGGAAAGAGUGGAAAACCUGAUGAAGUAAAUAAGAGAACUGAUAAAACUAAGAAGAAGAAGAAGAAUGUGAAGAGAGAAACUAAAGGGCUUGAUGAUGGUGAGUUUGUAGAUCGGCCUUCUCGGUCAAAAAAGAAAACAGAGGAUGGACUUUCCAUCUACACUGAAGAGGAGUUAGGUAUUGGUAAAACGGAUGCUGGAGGUACCCCACUCUGUCCAUUUGAUUGCUCUUGUUGCUUUUGAGAUGGUAGCUGCAUAAGAUUUUAUGCACCCAAUUCCUUGCUCCAUUUAGUGUUGUAAUUGUCACUUACAGUUUUGGAUAUAUGAGCUAGGGGCAAUGCUUUUCCUUUAUUAUAUUUUUAGUUGGGCCAAAUAUGGCUUGAGUUAUCUUGUGCUGAGCUUGAAUGAUUUCAAUAGAAUUUUGCAGCAGUUUAACAUUGGCUCUUUUAGUCUUCGUCCCUUGUAACAGAAUUGUUUAUGCAUAAAGUUUCUGCCAGUGGGUUUGAGUAAUUUAUUAUAAAACGGGCAAAUGUCCU